UUUAGGGGGGAGGGAAGCUGGGAGAGACAAGGCCCAGCCAUAUCUCUGAGGUAUGUACCCCACCUUCUCAAGGGACCUCAUUAGAGAUGUUUAGCAAGGUAGGUGUAAGCCUAGGCCCUGGGAGACAGGGCAGGGCGCUAGAGCCACACUGCCUCCACCCCUUCAGUAGUACUGGCCCUGGUUGUGUUGCUAAGAGCUUCAGAAGCCAAAGAUAAAGCAGUUGCAGCUCGCGACCAAGAGCGGCCUAACCAGGCAGUUGAGCAUUAACCUCUACCUCCUGAAGCCACCUACAGAAAGAGGCCUUGGAUUAUCUUAUACCCAGGCACCAGGACACAGAACCAUGAGCCAGGACAACAAAGUAAAGACGACAGAGUCCAGCCCCCCUGCCCCAUCCAAGGCCAGGAAGUCUCUGCCUGUCCUGGACCCAUCUGGGGAUUACUACUACUGGUGGCUGAACACGAUGGUCUUCCCAGUAAUGUAUAACCUCAUCAUCAUCGUGUGCAGAGCUUGCUUUCCCGACUUGCAGCACAGUUAUCUCGUGGCCUGGUUAGUGCUGGACUACACGAGUGAUCUGCUAUACCUACUGGACAUCGUGGUGCACUUUCACACAGGAUUCUUGGAACAGGGCAUCUUAGUGAUGGACAAGGGUAGGAUUUCUAGUCGCUAUGUUCGCACCUGGAGCUUCUUCUUGGACCUGGCUUCGCUGGUGCCCACAGAUGUGGCUUAUGUGCAGCUGGGCCCGCAUACGCCCAUGCUGAGGCUUAACCGCUUUCUGCGUGUACCCCGCCUCUUUGAGGCUUUUGACCGCACAGAGACCCGCACGGCUUACCCAAACGCCUUUCGCAUCACCAAGCUGAUGCUCUACAUUUUCGUGGUCAUUCACUGGAACAGCUGCCUCUACUUUGCCCUGUCCCGGUACCUGGGCUUCGGACGUGAUGCCUGGGUGUACCCGGACCCUGCACAGCCUGGCUUUGAGCGCCUGCGGCGCCAGUACCUCUACAGCUUUUACUUCUCCACGCUGAUCCUGACCACCGUGGGUGAUACGCCGCUGCCAGCACAGGAGGAGGAGUACCUCUUCAUGGUGGGCGACUUUUUGCUGGCUGUCAUGGGUUUCGCCACCAUCAUGGGUAGCAUGAGCUCUGUCAUCUACAACAUGAACACUGCAGAUGCAGCCUUCUACCCAGACCACGCACUGGUGAAGAAGUACAUGAAGCUGCAGCAUGUCAACCGCCGGCUGCAGCGGCGAGUUAUUGACUGGUACCAGCACCUGCGGAUCAACAAGAAGAUGACCAAUGAGGUAGCCAUCUUACAGCACUUGCCCGAGAGGUUGCGGGCGGAAGUUGCUGUGUCUGUACACCUGUCUACCCUGAGCCGGGUGCAGAUCUUCCAGAACUGUGAGGCCAGCCUGCUAGAGGAGCUGGUACUGAAGCUGCAGCCCCAGACCUACUCACCAGGCGAAUACGUCUGCCGCAAGGGGGAUAUUGGCCGAGAGAUGUACAUCAUCCGCGAGGGUCAACUGGCUGUGGUGGCAGAUGAUGGCAUCACACAGUAUGCUGUGCUUGGUGCAGGGCUCUACUUUGGGGAGAUCAGCAUCAUCAACAUCAAAGGGAACAUGUCUGGGAACCGCCGCACAGCCAACAUCAAGAGUCUAGGUUAUUCAGACCUGUUUUGCCUGAGCAAGGAGGACCUGAGGGAAGUGCUGAGUGAAUAUCCACAGGCCCAGGCUGUCAUGGAGGAAAAGGGUCGUGAGAUCCUACUCAAAAUGAACAAGUUGGAUGUAAAUGCUGAGGCAGCUGAGAUUGCCCUACAGGAGGCCACAGAGUCAAGGCUGCAAGGUCUUGACCAGCAACUGGAUGAUCUGCAGACCAAGUUCGCUCGCCUCCUGGCUGAGCUGGAGUCCAGCGCACUCAAGAUUGCAUAUCGCAUUGAACGGCUGGAGUGGCAGACUCGAGAGUGGCCGAUGCCUGAGGAAUUGGUGGAGGCUGAUGAUGAGGGCGAGCCUGGGGAAGGAACAUCUAAGGGUGGGGAGGUCAGGACUGGCCAAGAAGGAUCCCCAUGCCCAAAGUGACCCCAUCCUUAUUCCUAGAAACCCCAACUGCAAGUGAAUCCAGAGUUGUAGGAAAGCCUGCCUACAGAAACUCUGCCAUCCUAUCUGCUGGGUUACAAAGCUGGGAGUGAACUAAAUCCGUAGAUGCCCACCUGGAGAUGUACAUGUAUAGCACACAUUGACCCCACACACACACACACUCACCAGCACACAGACAGACACACACACACACACACACACACACACACACACAGAGUUGCGCAUAUACACACUGGCCCCCAAGACAGUGCAUUGCAUAUAAGAUGCUCUGGAGUUUCCAUUCUCAGAGCACACAUGCUUUCUCAUAUAGAUAUGUCUUAUACCCACAUGAUAUAUACAAAUUCAGUUAUGUAACUUGUAGCACACAUAUACUGAGAAUCAUACACCAAUAGACACACAUAGAUGCCUUCCACAGGUGUGCACUUACUUGCGAACACACAAAGGUACACUCAGAGCCCUUUUGUUCCAAGAUAGCCUUUAAAUGCCCCUCAUAUGGUGUCACAAGUGUACCCUGCAAAUUGCACUUCAAUAAAGUAUUUUCCUCCUCACUAAG